AUGGCAACUAAUGUUCUGCCAAAUGAUAAUUUUUACACAAAUACCGAUGAUAAGUGUCUCGAAAUAUUCUCACUUAUUUGGCUCGAUGAGAAUGUAAAUGUUAAAGAGACCCGAGGUACAGAACAAAAAUUACGUUCUAUUAUUAAUCAUAUCAAGAAAUUUCAAGAUGUAAAACAAUGUCAACAAUAUAUUGAACAAAGAUCAAAAAAAGAUCGAAUAGUAAUGAUUGUUAGUGGCCGAUUGGGACGAGAAAUAGUGCCUUCUAUUUAUAAACUUCGACAAAUUAUAUCAAUUUAUGUUUAUUGUAUGGAUAAGCAGAGUAAUGAACAAUGGGCUUACAAAUUUGCAAAAGUCAGAUCUGUUGUUGUUGAUCUUGAUAAACUUGUCUCUCAAAUUACAGCAGAACAUAAAAUUCAGAAGAAGAUAGAAGAACCAUUAUCAAUCAAUAUUUUCACAACGAAUGUUGGUGCAGGUAAAUCAACAACAGGAGUUAAUGGACAGUUUGUUUUUUUUCAAAUUCUCGUUGACUGUCUACUACGAUUAAAAUCAACUGAAAUAGACAAAAAUGAACUUAUUACUUAUUGUCAAAAUGAAUAUGUAGGUAAUAAUACCGAACUAAACAAUCUUCAUGAAUUUAAAGUGGAUUAUUCACCUGAUAAAGUGUUAUGGUGGUAUACAAAAGAAUCAUUCUUCUACAAAAUUCUUAAUGCAGCUUUACGUGCACAAAAUAUUCAUAUGAUUUUUUUAUUUCGUGCGUUUAUUCAUGAUAUUUAUCGUCAAUUGCAAAAAUAUCAAUCCAAGGAGUUUGUACGCGUUUAUCGAUGUCAGCUAAUGUCGAUCGAUGAAUUAAAUAGUCUUAAACAAAAUAUUAGCCAGUUCAUUUCAGUAAACUCAUUUUUCUCCACCAGUGACGAACGCUCAACAGCUCUCUUCCUCCUGGGUGAUAUAACUACAAAAAUUGAUUCACAACGAGUAUUAUUUGAAAUUGAUGCUGAUCCUAAAAUGGUCACUACAAAACCAUUUGCUGAUAUUAGUAAACAUAGUUAUUUUUCAGAUGAAUCAGAAGUUCUCUUUAUGAUUGGUUCUAUUUUUCGUAUUAAUAAUAUUUAUCGCGAUGAUAAAGAUCAAAUAUGGAUCAUUAAAAUGACUUUAUGUAAUGAUGAUGAACAUGGAUUAAAACAAGUUCUUAUGUAUAUGAAACAACAAAUUAAAAGUGAAGAGACAAAUCUUCGAACAUUAGGAAAAUUAUUAGGUAAAAUGGGUAAAUUUGACUUGGCCGAAAAGUAUUUUAAUCGCUUAUUACAAGAACUUCCAUCAAAUGACCCUUUACUUAGCAGUUUAUAUAAAGAUCUCGGUGAACUGGCAUCACAGAGAGGUGAUUAUGAUAUGAGUGUUCAAUGGCAUCAAAAGUCCCUCGCAAUCAAAAAUAAAAAUCAAUUAACUGUUGAUCCAACUAUUAAAAAAACAAAUAGUUCUGUCGGACACUCAUCUCUUGUCAAUCAUAUUGAUAUCAACACCAAAUGGAAACAAUAUGGAAUUACUACUGCUGGAAUUAAUGGACGGGGCGAUCAAUUAAAUCAACUCUGCCUUCCUCAUGGCAUCCAUGUUGAUGAUGACCAUCAAACUAUUUAUAUUGCUGAUUAUUCAAAUCGUCGUAUUGUUGAAUGGAAAUGUGGAGCAAAGAAUGGUCAAGUUGUGGCAGGUGGAAAUGGAAGUGAUCAAUUGAAUGGUCCAACAGAUGUGAUUGUUGAUAAAAAGAAUGAUUCUCUCAUCAUUUGUGAUUAUGGGAGCGGUCAAGUGGUACGAUGGCCUCGUCAAAAUGGUAAAAAUGGAGAAACAAUUAUUUCGCACAUUUAUUGUCGAGGUCUAACAAUGGAUAAGAAUGGAGAUCUUUAUGUUUCUGACUAUAUGAAGAAUGAAGUGAGACGAUGGAAACAAGGAGAGAGAGAAGGUACAAUAGUAGCAGGUGGAAAUGGACAAGGAAAUCAUCUUAAUCAACUUAAUUUCCCUACUUAUAUCGUCGUUGAUAAAGAUCUUUCAAUUUAUGUGUCGGACACAAACAAUCAUCGUGUGAUGAAAUGGAUGAAAGGUGCAAAAAAAGGUAUUGUUGUUGCUGGUGGAAAAGGUCAAGGAAAUAGUUUGACACAAUUGUUUAAUCCUCUGGGAGUAAAUGUCGAUCAUUUCGGUAAUGUUUAUGUGGCUGACUCUGGCAAUUAUCGAGUAAUACGUUGGCGGGAAGGAUCUAAUGCAGGUAGUAUUGUUGUUGGUGGAAAUGGAAGAGGAGAACAAUCAAAUCAGUUGAUUUAUCCCACGGGCUUAUCAUUCGAUGUUCAAGGCAAUCUCUAUGUUGCCGACUGGAAUAAACAUCGAAUACAAAAGUUUGAUAUUGAUUUGAAUUAA